GCUAACUUUCCAAAGACAAAUUAGGUUUUCAAAACAAAUCCGAAAACCCCAACCUAUCGUCUCUUGGCUCUUCUUCACCUUCAGUCUUCACUCACGCGCGCCAUCUUCUCAGUCGCCACCACUCCACGCCCACGCUGAGAAAAGGAAUAUGGGUGAUCGGCAAGUAGUUGACCAACAACACAUGGGUGAUCCACAACUGCCAUCUUCUCCUCCCUCAAAGGAUGAUAUGGUUUCAUGUGUUAUGGCUUUGGAGGCUGCUUUGCUUCCCUGUUUGCCAGCCAGAGAACUUCAAGCAAUAGACCGUUCUCCCCACCCCUCACAUCAAAUUGAUGUGGAUAGGUAUGCAAGAGACUUCAUGGAGGCUGCCAAGAAGCUUCAGCUUUAUUUUAUCAGCCUGCAACGUGAGGAUAAGCCAACAAAAGUUGAAAUGCUUAGAAAGGAGAUCGCUCUGAUGGAAGAGGAACUUAACAUAAAGAAUGAGCUGAUAAAAAAACAAGAAAAUUUAAUUCAGGAGUGGAAAAAAGAGUUGAAAGAUCAGUUGGACAAACACAAGAUUGAGUUGGAUAGGGUUUAGCUAGGGGUGUGCAAAAAUCCAAAACCCGACCCAAGCCCGAAGAAACCGAAGAAAAAACGGUUCGGGAGGGUAUGUCAUGGUGGCGUUUGAGUUCUGUGAGUGAAUUGGAGUUUGAAACUGAUCUCUUGCUAAUCCGAAACCCCUCCUAUCCAAAAAAAGCAAUGAUUGGAUUUUGCCAAGUCAUUUUGAGCCUGAAUCUGCCCGCCCGAUGAACACCCCUAGGUUUAGUGUAUGCUUGUGCUCCUAUGCUCUUCACAUAUUUAAAGACUCGGUGCCACAUUUUUGGCAUUUAUUUUUUCUUUCUCCUUCCUCUAUAGUCUUUAUUAUUGCUCAUCCCAUAGCAUGAAAUCAUGAAUUCCAACCACACUUAACUGGCUUCGAAUAGGUGUGCGAUUAGAUUGAUUUGAAGAAUAUAUGAUCAUUCAAACCAAUUUAAUUAAAUUUAUUUAGUUUAA